GAGAAGAACCGAACCCCUCCUCUCAUUCACCCAACCCACCAUCCUAUCCCGUCUAAACCAACCCAGAAUCUCAAUCAAAACAAAUCCAAACCAGGAACAAGAACCCAUCUCCUCUGCUCUGCUCCAUAUUCUACGCUACGCUACCAUAUCUAUCCUCUCUUCCCCAUAAAAUAAACCUCCCUUAAGUGAAACUCCCACUCCCACCUCCCGCACCCAUCCACCAGGAACAUCCAAUCAUCAGACCACACCACACCACUGCAAAAAUCACCGAAACCAUGAGCGGCCAGACGAAAGCAUUCAGGGAAUUGAUUGGUGUACCACCAUCUACUGCCUCUGUGCAGGAUAGCGUGUUGAUUAUAAUUGAUGCGCAGAAUGAGUAUGUUUAUGCUAUAUUACCUACAAUGUUCUCGCUACCUGGUUAUAGAUACCUAAAUCUCUCUCUCUCUCUCUAUAGAUAUAAAUACUAAUAUCCACCUCACCAGAUAUGCAAAAGGCCACCUAAAAGUCUCUCAAGUUUCCUCAUCCCGCAAAGCCAUCUUGAGUCUUCUCGAAAAAUAUCGCGCAGCCAAUGGAGCUCUCGCACAUAUCACUCAUCAAGUACCAGCCGGUGCCCCUGUCUUCACACCCGAUACUGAGCUUGCGAAGGAAUUCGAGGAACUUACCCCUACAGGUAAUGAAAAAGUAAUUGUCAAGCAACAUCCGGGUUCUUUCACAGGAACUGAUUUAGAGUCUUAUAUCAAAGGGACGGGUAAAUCGAAGGUUGUGCUAACAGGAUAUAUGGCACAUGUGUGUGUAAGUACUACGGCUAGACAGGCUGCUGAGAAAGGAUACGAGGUUUUGCUUGUCGAGGAUGCUAUUGGGGACCGAGAUAUUCCUGGAGUAAAGGCGGAGGAGUUGGUUAAGACGGUUUUGGCGGAGUUGGCGGAUGCUUUUGGUACUGUAGUGCAGUCCAGUGAGAUCAAUUGAGAUCUCGCCGCUCCGAGUUAAGAGCAUGCCUCGAUUAUUCUGGUAUAUAUGAGGUCUAUUGCUAGUGAAGCCAAGCUUCGGCUACGUCCCUUAUUCAAAUCGUCGGUUCUUUUCGCCAGU